AUGAUACCCUCGCGCCCAGUCGCCGUUGCGGCCGCCAUCGCGCUGCUCCCUGCUGCCCUCGCCUACCUCUGGCGACCGGGCCCCUGGACCGUCCUCUUCCUCACCCCCCUCGCCAUCCUCCUGUGCAUCCUCCUGGCUCCCGUCCUCUUCCUCGCCGCAAACUUCUUCCUCGACCGUCAGUGGCACGCUCGCUCCUCGUCGGCCACCCUGAGCCCCUGGCAGGACGACUCCCACGCCCUCCGCUCCGUCCCACGCCUCAGCUUCCUCACCCCCGCCGCCUGGUCCGCCCACUGCACCCGCCUCGACUGGGCACGCAGCCCUUCCGACUCGUCCCGCCGGGAGCCCAUCCACCCACAGUCUCGAGAGGUCUCGGAUGCCGUCGACGACCUCCUCCGCCUCAUCCUCCGCGACUUUGUCCAAAAGUGGCACACCCCGCUCGCCUCGGGCUCCGAGCGUCCCGAGCCCCGCGACUCGGCUCCCGAGUUCCCGCACGCCGUCGAGUCGACGGUGCGCCAUGCCCUCUCCCAGCUCUCGCAGCGUGCGGCCCAACUGGACAUCGCCACCCUCGCCGUGCGCAGGAUCCUGCCCCAGGUCACCCACCACCUCGAUGCCUUCCGCCGGGCAGAGGCCGCCCUGCGCGGCUCGUCGCGGUCCAGCGCGCUCCACUCGCUCGGGAGCGACCAGGUCGAUCUCUUCCUCGCCGGCAAGUACCAGGGCGGCAGACUGCACCCGGCCGUCGGCGACAUGUCCAGCCCGAACACGAAGGUGGCCGAGCAGGCCCACCUCCGUGCCCUCGUCUCCCGCAUCCUCGAGGCGGUGCUGCCCGAGGCCGAGCUGCGCAGCCAGGCCGUCGUGGUCGUGGUGCGCGAGAUUGUCGCCUGCACCAUCCUCUUUCCCGUCAUCGACAUGAUGAGCGAUCCGGACUUUUGGAACGCGCUGCUCGACCAAAAGGCCGGCGCCGUCAUGCACGAGCAGAAGCUCGUCAGCAAGCUGCGCGAGGCGCUCGACAAGCAGGACGCGGGCGGGUCGUCGUCGUCGGCCGUCCAGAACCUCGGCAUCGACCUCUGGCCCCAGGCAAAGGCUCGCAAGCGCGACCAGAAGUCGUUCGAGGCCUUCAUGCAGAGCAUCGCCGAGACCACCUCGAUCCUCGAGGCCCGGCGCACCAAGAACGACAUCGCCAUGCAGAUCCGCAAGACCAAGGCCUCGCUCGAGCAGCUGCAGGGCGCCGACGUCGAGAACAAGCGCGCCCAGCUGCAGGUCUACGCGCAGAGGCUCGAGGCUGCCCACAGCCUGGUCGAGCGCAAGGUGGCCGAGCUCGCCUCUGGCACGGCCAUCUCGUCGUCGUCCGGCGGGACGGCGGGCGCGGGCGCCGACCCCACGGCCGCGCGAGCAAAGCUGCGCGACGUUCUUCUUAACCCUUCGAGCCUGUCCUUUUUCAUGGAGGCCAUGGACCGCAAGCACCGCCUCAUCCUCGUCCAGUUCUGGCUCAUCGUCGAGAGUUUCAAGAAUCCGCUCGAAGAGGUCGGGUCCGACGACGACGACGACGAGUGGCGGACGAGCCCGUCGGCCAAGGUGCCACCGCCAUCGGCCACGGUGGUCAAGACGCUGCGCGAGGACCUCGAGCUGUUUGACAGCAUCUACUACAGCUCGCCGCUCAUCCGCGUCAGCCCCAAAUGCAUAGAGACCGCCCGGCGCUUCCUGCGCGACGUGCGCGGCACCGAGGCGACGGCCCAGCAGGUGUACGAGGUGCGGCGAAGCGUGCUGCGCGCCCAGCAGCAGGUCUAUCGGGAGAUGGAGGAAGACGACUGGCCGGCCUUUAAGCGGAGCGACCUCUUUCUCAAGGCCAUCCAGGACCUCACGCCCGGGCCUGACCUCAGCGCGGGCUUGGCAUCGAGCGUGACCUCGCUCGGUCCCUCGCAGCCCAUCGGCCAGCUGAGCGUCCCGGACAGCUACGAAGGUAGCCCGAGGCCGCCCCGGUCCGUCACGCCCAUCGACCGCAAGCUCGGCCGUGCCGCCCAUGCCGACCUGUUUGGCGCCGAGGAUGCGUCGGAGCUCGUCGCGGCGGACAAGACGGUUUCGCAGCGCAGCGCGCUCUUUGGCGAACAACGGCCCGCCGCCACCCGUCUCAAGUCCAGCGCCAUGGCCGGCAACCUGGACAUCCUCAUCGGCGGGCGGACCCAGCACGUCGGCCCGGACGGACGGGCCCCGCUAUUCCGCAACGACCCGCUCUUCGACGACGCCGAGGACGACGCCAGCGAGAGGAACUCGAGCCCGGGCUCCGAGUACGUCCAGGUCGACAAGGUGGACGCCAUCCAGAGCGCGCUGGCCUCGAUCAUCGACGAGGACAUGAACAGCAAGGACCCGUCCAGCAGCGUCGAAUCCCUGGAGCGCAUCGAGCGGAAGCGGACGACCAGGCCCGAAGCUGGGCCGAGGCCCAAGGGCAAGGCUCGCUUCCAGACGCCCGAUAGAGCGGCCAAGCCUCGGCUGUUUGAUGAAGACGACGCUUCCUCGUCCUCCUCCGGCGCCGAGGCGGAGGCCGAAGCGUCGCCCUCGCUCGAGCUGCCCGACCAGCCUACAAAGAAGACCGGCAGCGUCCGCGUGGCCGCGCCCGGCGACCUCAACCUCGACGGCGAGGUCAGGCGGAUGGCCGAGAAGCUCGACAAGCUGCGUUCGCAGGAGGAGAUCCUCGACGCCCUCAUCCGCAAGGCCGAGCUGACGGGCGCGCGUGCCGGCGAGCUGCGCCUGCUGCAAAAGUCCCGCAACGCCGUCAAGCGCGAGGCCCGCGAGGUGCAGUGGCAGCGCGAGCAGUUUGAGCUGCAGCUCUCCGAGAACCGCCUCGUCGCCGGCAAGACGCAGGUGUCGAUCACGGGCACCACGAUCGCCAUUGACAACGAGGGCAAGGAGUACGCCGUUUACCUGAUCGAGGUCAACCUGAUGCGCGAUUCGGCCUCGGCCGUCGCGAGCGGCUGGAUCGUCGGCCGGCGGUACUCGGAGUUCUGGUCGCUCCACCAGAGCCUCAAGGAGCGGCUGGCCGAGGUCAAGGCGCUGGAGUCCGAGUUCCCCGGCAAGAGGCUCGUCGGGCUGGUCCACGCGCCCUUUGUGGACGCGCGCAAGUCAUCACUGGAGCGAUACCUCCAGGCGCUCGUUCGGCUGCCGGCUGCGUGCGAGAGCCAGGAGCUGCGCUCGUUUCUUUCGCAGUCGCCCAACGCCGCCGCCGCCACGGGGGGGAAUGCCGUCGGCCGGGCCUCGGACGUCGCCAAGGCGGCCCGGGACGGCCUCGGCGCCAACUUCCCGGUGCGCGGGCUGGUCAAGUCGCUGUUCAAGGGCAUGACGGGGGUGGCCGAGGGCCUCGAUGACCUGAUCGGCAUCGGCCCGUCGAUGCUCGACAUUGUCGUGCAGCGGCUCUCGACGCAGGUCCAGGCGGCGCCGCAGGGCACGGGCGCGCUGCGGGGCGUGCCCGACAUUGACCUCGUCUCGCAGGCCAUGGACCAGGGCGCGACGCCGGCGGAGCUCAAGGAGGCGGCGGGCGCGGGGACGACGUACUGGACCGAGCCGAUCUGCGACCUGUUUGUCGAGAUCUUUGAGCUCAAGGAGAAGAACAACUGGCUGCGGCGGCAGGCGAUUGUCAUCCUGCUGCAGCAGCUGUUUGGCUCGACGAUUGAGCGCAAGGUGCGCGACGUGGUGGCCAACGCGCUCAAGCCGGACCCGCUGGUGGCCUACGUCGGUGCGCUGCGCAACGGCAUGUGGCCCAACGGCGAGCUCAAGCCGCCGUCGACGCCGCGCUCGACCGAGGAAAAGGAGGCGCUGCGCGAGAGCGCCAACCGCAAGCUGUCGACGCUGGUGCCCGAGCUGGCGGCCAACCUCAUCGGCCGCGAGAAUGCGCGCCGGGGAUCGAGGCGCGUCUUUACGGCGCUGCAGAACAAGAGGCUCAACAAGCACCUCGUCUACACGGUCCUCGAGAUGGUCAUUGAUGAGCUCCUGCGGUGA